UGUAGUUCCCGGCUGCCCGUGCGGCGGCGGUGGUUGGGUGGUAAGAUGGCGGCUGUGAGUCUGCGGCUCGGCGACUUGGUGUGGGGGAAACUCGGCAGGUAUCCUCCGUGGCCGGGAAAGAUUGUUAAUCCACCCAAGGACUUGAAGAAACCACGUGGAAAGAAAUGCUUCUUUGUGAAGUUUUUUGGAACAGAGGAUCAUGCGUGGAUCAAAGUGGAACAGCUAAAGCCCUACCAUGCUCAUAAAGAAGAAAUGAUAAAGAUCAACAAGGGCAAACGGUUCCAGCAAGCUGUGGAUGCUGUUGAAGAGUUCCUAAGGAGAGCCAAAGGGAAAGACCAGACAUCAUCCCACACUUCUGCUGAUGACAAGAGUCGGCGUAAUUCCAGUGAGGAGAGAAGUAGGCCAAACUCAGGUGAUGAAAAGCGCAAGCUUAGCCUGUCUGAAGGGAAGGUGAAGAAGAACAUGGGAGAAGGAAAGAAGAGGGUGACUUCAGGCUCUGCAGAGAGAGGCUCCAAAUGCUCUCUGAAAAGAGCCCAAGAGCAGAGUCCCCGGAAGCGGGGUCGGCCCCCAAAGGACGAGAAGGACCUCACCAUCCCUGAGUCUAGUACUGUGAAGGGGAUGAUGGCAGGACCCAUGGCCUCAUUUAAGUGGCAGCCGACUGCAAGUGAGCCAGUCAAAGAUGCAGAUCCUCAUUUCCAUCAUUUCCUACUGAGCCAGACAGAGAAGCCAGCUGUCUGUUACCAGGCAAUCACAAAGAAGUUGAAAAUCUGUGAAGAGGAAACUGGCUCCACCUCCAUCCAGGCAGCUGACAGCACGGCAGUGAACGGCAGUGUCACACCCACAGACAAAAAGAUAGGAUUUUUGGGCCUUGGUCUCAUGGGAAGUGGCAUCGUCUCCAACUUGCUAAAGAUGGGUCACACAGUGACUGUAUGGAACCGGACUGCAGAGAAAUGUGAUUUGUUCAUCCAGGAGGGGGCCCGCCUAGGAAGAACCCCCGCUGAAGUCGUUUCAACUUGUGACAUCACUUUUGCCUGUGUGUCGGAUCCAAAGGCAGCCAAGGACCUGGUCCUAGGCCCCAGUGGCGUACUACAAGGGAUCCGCCCAGGCAAGUGCUACGUAGACAUGUCAACAGUGGAUGCUGACACAGUCACCGAGCUAGCUCAGGUGAUCGUGUCCAGGGGCGGCCGCUUCUUGGAAGCCCCAGUCUCAGGGAACCAGCAAUUGUCUAAUGAUGGAAUGUUGGUGAUCUUAGCGGCUGGAGACAGGGGCUUGUAUGAGGACUGCAGCAGCUGCUUCCAGGCCAUGGGGAAGACCUCCUUCUUUCUAGGCGAAGUUGGCAAUGCAGCCAAGAUGAUGCUGAUUGUGAACAUGGUCCAGGGGAGUUUCAUGGCCACCAUUGCCGAAGGACUUACCCUGGCCCAGGUGACAGGCCAGUCACAGCAGACACUGUUGGAUAUCCUCAAUCAGGGACAGUUGGCCAGCAUCUUCCUGGACCAGAAGUGCCAAAACAUCCUACAAGGAAACUUCAAGCCUGAUUUCUACCUGAAGUACAUUCAGAAGGAUCUCCGCCUGGCCAUUGCGCUGGGUGAUGCCGUCAACCACCCCACUCCUAUGGCAGCUGCCGCCAAUGAGGUGUACAAAAGAGCCAAGGCACUGGACCAGUCUGAUAAUGAUAUGUCUGCCGUGUACCGAGCCUAUAUACACUAAUCUUUCAAUGCCCCCACCAUACCCCUCCAUCUUUCCUCUGGCCUCUGUUCCUCACAUGGGGUCGAGGUCCUGGGACUUAGCUCUGGACCAGUCCACCUGUCUCCAUUUCCUUUUAUACAGACUUUGUGACUUGCUGUCAGCCCAGUGCUUGGCAGCCCCUCUCUGAAAUCCUGGACGGGGAGUGGGGCUGUCAGCAGGGUGGCUGAUGAGGAAGCUCCUGGACUGGGCACUGGCCAUGGAGUAUGAGGCUGUGUGUUCUGUCUCUCUGC